AUGAAGGUUGAAUCUGAUAUACCUCAUAGAACCACAUCUUAUCAAAGAUUGGUAGAAAAACUAAAGAGAAAUCCAUCUGAAUGUGCAGAUACCAAAGAUUGGCCAAGGCCCAGCACACCAAAAGAGGUGAUACAACAUGCCAUCAAAGGCGCAACAAGAGCAUUUGUAUUGGCUUAUGGCGUUAGGGCAACUGUCAAUUUCUGUUUAUACUUGAUACGUAUCUUGAGGGGAAAAGCGUCUUGGGAUCAUAUACUGCAAGCAUCCUUUAAAAAUUUAGAUUCAGUUCGAUUUGGUGCCAUGUUUGGAUCUUUUGCAUUACUAUGGAAAUCUGUCAAUAACGGCAUGCGAUUGUAUAGAGGAAAAGAUGAUCGUUUGAAUGGUCUGGUAGGUGGUGCAGUGGCUGGCCUCAGUAUUUUGUUUGAAAAGAAGGAACGUAGAGUGGAUAUUGCACAGCAAAUGCUGGUGAGAGCAUUGCAAGCCGUGUAUAAUGCCGGCAAAGCGAGAGACAUCUUUUACUUUAAACAUGGCGAUGCGUUAUUAUUUGCUGUUACUUGUGCACAAGUGCUUUAUGCGUAUACAAUGCGACCCGAAACUUUGCCACCUGAUUUCUAUUCCUUCAUGAUAAAAGCAGCAAGAUGUCCAGAGGGGGCUCUUCGUUUGAAUGAAAAAACCGUGCGCGGAAUUCCUAUCAAUGCCGAAGAAGCACUCAAUGUAGUCAAGAAGCUGCACCCCACAGCGCAUUCCCUCAGUGUCGUAAGCCAACUACCUACAGGUACAUCGGCAAUUCCCUGUGAAAUCCUUCAUCCCUGGGUUGAUGGUUGUAAUGCAACAGCGUUUGACAGAUUUACAAAAGUUUUCAAGAGCUUUUUGCCAGUCUAUGGUACACUUCACUUUGUUCCUAUGUUGUUGCUUCGAUCCCAACAUUUUAAACGAGAUCCUGUCAACAUGUUGUCCAAAACCACUAUUGCCACACUGAAAUCAGGUGCAUUUUUGGCUACCUUUGUCACAUUGUAUCAAUACUACAUCUGUAUGCAUAGAAAUCUGUUCAAGACAGGGUUGAUUGGUAACUGGAACUCAAAAUACAUCUAUUAUGCUGCUGGCUUCCUUUGUUCUUACCCAGCCAUCUUUUUGGAGGACAAAAAAAGACGCAGUGAGUUGGCUCUCUAUGUAUUACCAAAGGCAAUCACCAGUUUUUAUCACAUUGCUUACUCUCGUCAUUGGAUCUUCAAGGUCAAACACUUUGAAGUUGUCAUGACUAGUUUUGCCAUGGGUAUCAUCAUGUCAUUUUAUCAAGAAGAAGCCGAUGUCUUAUCGUCCUUUGUUCGCAAGAUCAUGUAUCAAUUUUUCCAAAAGAAUUAA